UGACUGUGUGCUUUGGGCUUGCUACAGUUUCGCUGUCGUGUUGGCAGUGACACAAUUCCGCGGCAAACCGCCACGCUUUUGGCGGAACUCCACUCGUCUACGACGGUGACCGACUGACGCACCUGACUGUUUCGGAUCCGGUUGCGUGCACUCACCGUCUGAUUGGCGACAAACGUGAAGCUGUGGUGAGGAGCGAUACUCAGCUCAGACACGUGACUGGAGGGCGAGUCUACUAGGGGUACGGUAAUAAUGACCUCAUCUUAUUUACAUGUCGGAGUUCGAAGUGCAUAUAUAGAGGCCUAAUCUCUCAAGGCGUUUAUCUGCAUCCUUUGCUUGGACUGCGAGAACCUUGUCAAGUGUGUGAUGACAGUAUGCGCAUCCAAUAAUAGGGGUUGUUCUAUUAUUUCUUUGCUGUGGUCUAUGGUAUUGCUACAUCACUGUUCCUGGUGACGUGGAUUAUACUGUCGCAGCUGGACCGGUUCACUUCACAACUGCCGGGAAACUUUUUGCUAUGUGACGCAUCGAUACACCAUCAACUUGUGCGCGGAGUGUGUCUUCAGUUUAUUUCGUAGCGUGUGUCGCCUGCGGGCCCAAGAGAUUUCGCGAGGCGCUCUUUUAGAAGCGCUUUGCUGUUCCUGAGAGAUGAACAACGCAAUGGAAAGUUGGAUUGAGAGAGCAAGCAAGGGAGCAGUGCGCAUUGGGACAGCGGUGCUCCUUGUGUAUUUAACAUUAUCGUCCAGCAUGCCCACACCAACUUUCAACGUUCCGACACAAAGUACUGUUUCUUCUAGCAGUGAAAUGUCUUGGGACGUCAAAACAGUAGUGACGAGUAAAAACCUAUCGGAGACGAUGCAUCUUACGGGAAAUAGCAACGAUGGCGUCGUCCUCAGCACUGUUCAAACUUCUGAAGAGGACAACAGGAUAUCCACAAGGAUGCGACGAAUGAGCAGCUGGAAAUCCAGAGAACAUGGAAUUUACUCUUACGACAUCAAACAAUUGCACUGCAAAAAUGGAAAUUUGCUGGCAAUUUAUGACAACGAAACUAUCAAUGGAACCCUCGAUAGAUUUGACAAAUACACCCGUUUGAGGAUAACGACCGCAGGCUUUGGUCGAGUCAGGAUUAAAGGCGUGCAAAGUGGAAUGUACGUUUGCAUGAAUAAACACGGCAGACUCUAUCCGUGGUCUCAUCCUAAGGACGAAUGCGUCUUCCAAGAGAGAUUUCUACCAACUUUAUAUGCCGUGUUUUCAUCUGACGUUCACUCCGGCAAGAGGAAAUGGUAUAUAGGACUUAAUGCAAACGGACAACCGAGGCUAGGAAGGAAAACGAAGUACAGGCACGCAAUGGCGCAGUUCCUUCUUGAAUCAGCUAACUGGGAUGACACCAGAUGAUCAUUACAGAAAGGAUCGCUUCUGAACAGACAAGCGAGUUGGGAAAUACUCUGCAAACGACGGAACAGUUACAGCAUAAUACUUACCUCUUGAGAGAUUCGCCUUUUCAUCGUUGACAAUUUUUCUUCAGUCACCUGAACUCAUUUAUACAUGCAUUCAGUUUUGCAUAUGUAUGUGCCCUCUGAGACGGUGCCUGCAACUCCAGUAACAAACACGAGCCAAAGACGUCACUUCUGCUCGGCACAUACCAAUGAGGAUGUCUUUGUUGUGCCUACCAAAAAAAAAAAAAAAAAACAGAACAAAACAAAACACUGUUAAUGUUGGUCACUAUCAGCUCAUUGAAAGCAUAAAUAAUAUAUCUACCGUUUUAGAUAUAUUAUUUACGUUUUAGGCAUAAGCAUGAAGUAUUCCACAUGGACAAACGUUCGUGAAUAUGAAUAAGCUUUUGUCGUGUUUAAUGUAAGCAAAACAAUGUAUCAUAUUAAAAGUGAAACUAUAUAUUUAAGUUUUUAAAACUUUCUCCUGUGCAAAAUAUGUUAAAGAGUAUGGUAUGUAUUACGUAUGCACUUAGACAAUGAUGCUAUUCUGCCUAGUGUAAGGUAUAUACCACGUGGAAGGGCCACCGUUUUCUUUGUGUGGACCGAGCCUCAUCUUUAUGAAGUUUUUGUCGUUCCCAAAGUGAUAUUAUUCCUGUGAAUAAGUACUAUAGGUCUGUAUAAGCGUUUGGAUGCUUUUUGAAGACCUUUUCGACAAGGUUCUUCACUUCUCCCUGUUAAGGGAGACUUUGGAGGUCUUUAAAUCCCAUUUAAAUUAUCCUCUUCACAAAUUAAUACAAUAGUAAUUACGGCAGUUUCCUCGGAACAAUUUAAUUUUCGCUGAAUCCUGUAGAAGGCUAUAGGCAUUUCUUGGAGCAUGCCGGGCAGAAAACUCGCAUUGUGUCACAUCCAAAUCACGCAUUUUCAGUAAUUGCUAAAAAUGUAUUCACCUUUUAUUCAAGAUAGAUCUCAUCAAAAUGUACAGAAGGGUCCCAUUUGUUUCACACUUGACUUGAUUCAUUACUUUGAUUCUGUGGUACUCAAAAUUUCACACGAUCAAAUCACCAGUAUUUAAAAAGUACUCAAGUAGAGAACGAGUACCAUAGUUAUUUUGAAACUGCAUGGAUACAGAUCAAAAAUAAGUAUUCAAGACUGUCAGCCCGAGUAGGAGCUGAGCCGUAGUCAAUGGGGUUUCCAAUUUGCAGCCUAGGUGUCCUUGGAGGCUCAAGGGAAAGUCCACCUGUCGGUGGCCAGAUCCCCUGUCACUCACCCUUACAAUUGGGGCAUUCAGAAAGUUUGCACACAUCACUCGCCUUUGCCGACACACCUGGUUAGACCUUUAUGGAGCCAUCCGACCGUGAACAAAGUAGCUCAGGCCCGCCAAGAAUGAGGAUUUGAGCAAGUGGCUUUACGUACUAUUGCAUGCCUGGUUCCAUCAUCGUCUGGGUUUGGUUGUGUGUAUUCUCGUGAAUAGGCUCUCCCUUACAUCGCCCACUUAAUCUGUUGCAUGACAGGUGUAGCGAAGAAAAUCAAGGGCGGACCCAGAACUAAAUUUUAGGAGACAGACUUGAGGGGCAAUGAGAAUUUGGAAUUUUAUCUUGUAACCUUUAAUGGCCUUUCUGAGGGUUAGGUUGCAUUUUGGGGCUUAUAUACGCUUACUCGGGGAGGGGGUGUCCCCCUUGCCCCACCCCCCAUCCGCUCUUGAUCAGUAUGUGCCAGACAACAUACAGAAUGGUGUACCCAGUUUACGUAGUCGUGGACUGAUGAGCUACUGACUGAUAUCAAAUAGCAUGUUCACGAGACCAAAUUUGUAUUCAUUCGUUUUCCUGAAAAGGUUGAAAGAGGGAGAACUGUAGAACAUGCUGGAACAAGAGAAGCAUGAACGGCCCCGUUUCAGAAUGAGAAAAUAUUUGCAUUGUGUGCAUAUAGUCAAGAUCACGACAUGCCCUAUAUCUUAUCUCUGCUAUUAGUACUUUGGGGUCCAGCAUCCAAGAUCGCCAGUUAACGAAUCCCACCGAAGAUUCCUACCCACUUUCAAUCAUGUAAUCAAUAGUUAUCAGUUGGAAACGUGUGGGUUUAAACCAAUGAACGUUGGGUUCUUUUCACUCGCAAAGUAGUUGUCACAGCCUUUUUUUUACGACAGCCACCCGAGUGUUGACAUGUGCUUAUGUAAUAUUUAUAAGACAUCUGAGGAUAUAUUUUUAUGAUGAUAUUUUUAUACAUAAGUUAUUUAUACGGUGUAUUUAUUGAAUUAAAACUUCGAAAGUGUGUGACGCCCUCCACAGUAAGUGCGCACACCGCGAGGAAGAAUUGGUCUUGAGGCGAUUUGCCAGGGGGAUUGUUUUAAGUACGGAGAAUUUGAGCACACAGAGGAAACAAAUACUGUAACUAGAUGACAAACAAUUCUAUGCUGAAUUGUACACGCAAAUUGUUCAUGAUCUGUCGUUGUUAUCAUCCAUUCUUACUUCUGAAGUGUCGGUUUGAAUUCCCUCGUUUUGUGGGACUAUGUUAUCUUCUGCAACCAUCAUGUAAUUGAUACGUACAUGUAUACGUUAGUAUAAAAUACUCUUCAUACAAAGAUUUGUAUCAAGUGCAUGUGACGCUUAAUUACCGUCAUAGCGCAGUGUAAAUAAAUAGAUUAAAAUAACACUUCAACUAUUUGAACAAGUUAAGUUGGAGUCACAAAGAUGCCUAGGUUGAACAAAAGAAAUGGUUGUUGCAUGUGAUCCAAGUGGCAAGCAGUUAAUUUCCAGGUGAAACUGAAGUACUAAUGAACAUGUUUCAAACGAAGCGGUGUCCGCGUUAAGGACUCAGUAUUAUUGUCAACCGAUUGCUACUACAAUUCACCUGAUUCCUGAUUAAAUGGCGUUACAUUUGUAUCCAUUUUUUAUUCUAUGAAAGAAAAAUGCUUCCUUCUUGGGAUUGUCGAAAGGAUUUUCCACGCACUUUUUGAAAGUGCUAUAGCUCUUUAUAGCCCAGGUAAUUGUUGAUGAAUUUUAUUUUUUUGGCUGGUCAUAUCCCCAGUGUUGUGCUUUUGGUAUUUCUCUUUUUGAAAUUCGUACUUUCAUCAUCCUGUAGAGCGCAGGUAACGUCAGUAAAAUUCAGAGACACAGCUGUAUCUUCAUACAGCUCUCCCUCUCAAACAAAAAUAAACAGCAAAAAAGACAUAAGUCACAUUAUAAGUUUUUGUGCAUAUGUGACAAUAAUACCUCAUACUUUUUACAAUUUUAA